AUGAAGUGGGACUAUUAUUUCCCGAAUGGCUCGCCCAUCGACCCUAGCUCACUAGCCGACCUAUGCGGGCCCCCUAUAUCGAGACCCAUUGCUUCGGGAUCAUUUCCAUCUGAGCAAUUCGAGUCCGAAGUGAGGAGAGAGCUGAGCCGCCUUCAAACCCGAGCUAGUAGAGUAAACGAAGCCCGAGGACUACCGACAAAGCUGUCUCAUAGUGUCAUAGCCUCCUACCGCACCAGCGCCCAGUAUAAUAUUUGGCUCGACUGGGUGAAAGAGGGUGUAUGGCGGGAAGAAUGGGGCACACCGUUGCCACUCGACGCCCCUUUAGCUCAUCGAGAUUCAAGUUCCGACUUAAUUAUACAGCCAACAGGUCCAUGGGGCCACGAAUCUAGCCACAAACAACUCAAGCCCACCCGACCUCUUCUUUACGGACAGCCAAGCGAGAAGAAGGAAGUUGUACAAGAUGCAACGACAUUGGUAGCCCCUGAAGCAUCUAAGCCUGUCAAUCGCUUUCGCUAUCUAGUGGCUAAGGAGGUAAAAUGGCUAAAAAGUUGUCCUCAGUACGAAACUACUUCCCACGAUGAAAUCGAAAGCAUAGCUUAUUCGGCCAUCAAGAGCUUUUGGAAGCAAUGCGGGGUUUGGGUCGAGGAAUGGGGACCGAUACCAGGGCAAAAAUGGGCACACGAACUACCCGAGGAAGACUUACAGGCGUAUAUUGAAAACCACCAUAUUGAGCCAGGUUCCGUACCUUUCGACAAGUCUAUUACACCCGACUUGUCUGAAAGCCAUGGUCUGUCAGCAAAUUCUGGCCUGGUACCGCCUGAUCCAAACCGCCGUUCUGGACGGGAGUGGGAUAAGCCCGUUAGAGUUGACCUAUAUAAGCAAAAAGGGGCAGGCUCACUGCUUGGAUUCAACCCUUUUGUGCCAGUACGUUUCGGGUAUCAAGAUCACUUUGCGACAAAAAGCCUUUUUGGGCAGAAGAAGAGACCUAAUAUUGGUAGAGCCGAUAUAAUUAGGGGCUAUAGAAAUGUUGGAAAAGCACAGGGCAUGGGCAGUCCCACUGGAAAGAGGUUGAAGAUCGGACGCGGCUUCGGACGACAAGAGGGCAAGGAAACGGAACCUCGAAAUGAAGUUGGGGAGAUAACACUAGAGGGGCUCCUUUUUGGCACCUCCCCAGCACCUAGCACGCCCGUACUUUCUUGCGAAGAGACUACAAAGGCAACAAAACGAAAGCGCUGUGAAUCUCCAGUGGCUAGGGGGAUUUUGAAGGGAGGCCUUAAACAUGCAAACGAGGCUGAGAACAAGUCUCCAACAAUGAAGAAAUCUGUUAGUUUUAGUACAGAAUGA